AUGAAGAGGGACAGGGCAUCAGGCAAUAUAUCGGAGGUUCUUGGGUUUUCUCUCCCAGGGUAUUCGUACGACAGCACGCUGCUCUCCAAGGCCAACGGCACAAUGGGCAAUACCAUGCUCAACUACAGCACCUUCAUGGAUGACGACAAGAUCAGCUUGCCGUAUGCACCGCCAUGCCCCACUCGCUGCAUGUCCCACUCGCUGCAUGCCCCUCUCGCUGCAUGCCCCUCUCGCUGCAUGCCCCUCUCGCUGCAUGCCCCUCUCGCUGCAUGCCCCUCUCGCUGCAUGCCCCUCUCGCUGCAUGCCCCUCUCGCUGCAUGCCCCUCUCGCUGCAUGCCCCUCUCGCUGCAUGCCCCUCUCGCUGCAUGCCCCUCUCGCUGCAUGCCCCUCUCGCUGCAUGCCCCUCUCGCUGCAUGCCCCUCUCGCUGCAUGCCCCUCUCGCUGCAUGCCCCUCUCGCUGCAUGCCCCUCUCGCUGCAUGCCCCUCUCGCUGCAUGCCCCUCUCGCUGCAUGCCCCUCUCGCUGCAUGCCCCUCUCGCUGCAUGCCCCUCUCGCUGCAUGCCCCUCUCGCUGCAUGCCCCUCUCGCUGCAUGCCCCUCUCGCUGCAUGCCCCUCUCGCUGCAUGCCCCUCUCGCUGCAUGCCCCUCUCGCUGCAUGCCCCUCUCGCUGCAUGCCCCUCUCGCUGCAUGCCCCUCUCGCUGCAUGCCCCUCUCGCUGCAUGCCCCUCUCGCUGCAUGCCCCUCUCGCUGCAUGCCCCUCUCGCUGCAUGCCCCUCUCGCUGCAUGCCCCUCUCGCUGCAUGCCCCUCUCGCUGCAUGCCCCUCUCGCUGCAUGCCCCUCUCGCUGCAUGCCCCUCUCGCUGCAUGCCCCUCUCGCUGCAUGCCCCUCUCGCUGCAUGCCCCUCUCGCUGCAUGCCCCUCUCGCUGCAUGCCCCUCUCGCUGCAUGCCCCUCUCGCUGCAUGCCCCUCUCGCUGCAUGCCCCUCUCGCUGCAUGCCCCUCUCGCUGCAUGCCCCUCUCGCUGCAUGCCCCUCUCGCUGCAUGCCCCUCUCGCUGCAUGCCCCUCUCGCUGCAUGCCCCUCUCGCUGCAUGCCCCUCUCGCUGCAUGCCCCUCUCGCUGCAUGCCCCUCUCGCUGCAUGCCCCUCUCGCUGCAUGCCCCUCUCGCUGCAUGCCCCUCUCGCUGCAUGCCCCUCUCGCUGCAUGCCCCUCUCGCUGCAUGCCCCUCUCGCUGCAUGCCCCUCUCGCUGCAUGCCCCUCUCGCUGCAUGCCCCUCUCGCUGCAUGCCCCUCUCGCUGCAUGCCCCUCUCGCUGCAUGCCCCUCUCGCUGCAUGCCCCUCUCGCUGCAUGCCCCUCUCGCUGCAUGCCCCUCUCGCUGCAUGCCCCUCUCGCUGCAUGCCCCUCUCGCUGCAUGCCCCUCUCGCUGCAUGCCCCUCUCGCUGCAUGCCCCUCUCGCUGCAUGCCCCUCUCGCUGCAUGCCCCUCUCGCUGCAUGCCCCUCUCGCUGCAUGCCCCUCUCGCUGCAUGCCCCUCUCGCUGCAUGCCCCUCUCGCUGCAUGCCCCUCUCGCUGCAUGCCCCUCUCGCUGCAUGCCCCUCUCGCUGCAUGCCCCUCUCGCUGCAUGCCCCUCUCGCUGCAUGCCCCUCUCGCUGCAUGCCCCUCUCGCUGCAUGCCCCUCUCGCUGCAUGCCCCUCUCGCUGCAUGCCCCUCUCGCUGCAUGCCCCUCUCGCUGCAUGCCCCUCUCGCUGCAUGCCCCUCUCGCUGCAUGCCCCUCUCGCUGCAUGCCCCUCUCGCUGCAUGCCCCUCUCGCUGCAUGCCCCUCUCGCUGCAUGCCCCUCUCGCUGCAUGCCCCUCUCGCUGCAUGCCCCUCUCGCUGCAUGCCCCUCUCGCUGCAUGCCCCUCUCGCUGCAUGCCCCUCUCGCUGCAUGCCCCUCUCGCUGCAUGCCCCUCUCGCUGCAUGCCCCUCUCGCUGCAUGCCCCUCUCGCUGCAUGCCCCUCUCGCUGCAUGCCCCUCUCGCUGCAUGCCCCUCUCGCUGCAUGCCCCUCUCGCUGCAUGCCCCUCUCGCUGCAUGCCCCUCUCGCUGCAUGCCCCUCUCGCUGCAUGCCCCUCUCGCUGCAUGCCCCUCUCACUCGCACUCUCAAAACGCACUCUCACACCACCCGCAUCAACUCUUCUCACACCCCUCUCUUGGUCACCCAUCAUCCCCCUACCCCAUCCCUUCACAAUAGACGUACCUUCCCAUCCCACGUUCCUUCUCCCCUCUUUCUCCCCUUUCUCUCCCUACCUUCCUUCCACUCCCACCGUCGCGCGUGUGCAUGUCCCCACCAGCGUGUAUCCGUACUACGUGAAUCUCAAGCUGGGGUCGCAGAAGCAGGAGUUCAGCAUGGCUCUCAACCUCGCUAUUCACGAGACCUUCGUGCCCUGCGACUGCUUAUACUGCGGCUCCUCUCGCGACGGGACCCCUGACAGCACGUCCUUCAGCACGCUUGCCUCCACAACCCUGCAGUACAUCUCCUGCGCCGACCAGCGCUGCAUGACAGACAUUGACAAUGGCUACUACGGCUGCAACGCGGAAGGACUCCCCAACUACCUCAACCUCACGGAAUACCUGCCUGGAGACGACGCCCUCUGCGUGUACAGUGCUAGCGCAUCAGCCUACGAUUACUACGAAGCUGACGAUGCGACGAAUUUUUACCUUCAAUCAUAUGGGCAUGUGAUGGAAGAUACCAUCUACCUCACUGCACCUGAUGGUACCGAAGUCAACCGAUCCAUCAUUCUUGGCUGUGUGAUGAACCAGCAUGGCUAUUGGGGCACGGGUGUGUCGUGGACAGCAGAGGGCGUGCUGGGGCUGGGGUGGAACAGCGCUUUCCUAUAUCAGCUCACCGGCACUGGUCACGCAAUCACUUUCGCAGUGUGUUUGGAGAAGCCCACGCCCACCAACGAGACGGGGUCGGAUGGCCAGUUGCCGCUGAAGAAAGGCAGCAGCCAUCUCACCAUCGGAGCCACCGGCCUCCCUGCCGGCGCCAACUACUCCAAAAUGGUUUUUACUGCCAGAAUGCAAUACAGCCACAUCACACUCGUCAACGCCACGAGCGCCCAACGCAUUAAAGACGAAGAAAGCUACGCAGCCGACGUAAACCAAAACUACCUGCCUGAUGGAUUCCCAGACAACGCCACGCCGGGCUUCUUCUUCAUGCCCGAGUCCUUCGUGCAUCUCCUGCGCUACCCCCUCUUCAAGAGCCUUCACAACACGCUCCAAGACAUGACAGGGCAGGAAAUAUUUUUCGACAAUGAAGCUGAACAUGCGAUGUUUCGGCUUUUAUGCUUCACAAAUGAGAACAAGGCGGUGGAUCCUUUUGUCACCUUCCCCACCAUCGUCAUUACGUUCCUCCCUCCAGACAACAGCAGUGCGCAGGAUACCUACCACCACUUCUUUCUCAAGCCUCGGGAGUACCUCGCGCAGGUUUCACCUUCUAAAUACUGCAUUCUGGCGACUUGGAUUCCUCCCUCAUAUAACUAUGUCAACUACAUUGGAGGUACGACGCCCACCUACGGCACAUCCUCACUGAUUUCUACGACCACCCUUUUCCGUUCCUUGCCGACUUACCACUGUGCUGUGCGGCCCAACCCUUGCCAUCCGCCACUACAGGUGCACCGUGCAUGGCUUCUUUUCUCCAUGCCGUGUUGCCAAUCUACUGCAUGA